AUGGCGAGCCUGCUCCUGGCUGCUGUAUUUUCUCUAGCCUUGUCAGUGGCUGCCGCACCCGUGGCAGACGCGGCACUCCAUGGCAGAGAUGUCUUUUGCUUCACUGCCCCCGGUCCCACGGCCACCGUGACCGUCGCCGUCACGGUCUUUGCCACGGGCGGCAGCAGCCCGACCCGGACCUCCACGUCUACUCCGUCCUCUCGUACCUCGAGCACCAGCACGCUCUCAACACAGACCCCGGGCGACAGCUCUGGAACGCAAACAGGGUACAAGAAUGUCUUGUACUUUACCAACUGGGGAAUAUACGGUGCCAACUUCCAGCCCCAGCAGAUUCCUGCCGAGAAUGUCACCCACAUCCUCUACUCUUUUGCCGACAUUGCAUCGGACGGUGAGGUCAAAUCAUCCGACUCGUGGUCCGAUGUAGAGAAGCACUACGCCACCGACUCGUGGAACGAUGUGGGCCGCAACGCCUACGGGUGCGUCAAGCAGCUCUACAUCCACAAGAAGCGCAACCGCCACCUCAAGGUCCUCCUGAGCAUCGGUGGCUGGACCUGGUCGCCCAAGUUCGUGCUGCCCGCCUCCACCGACGCCGGCCGCCGGCGCUUCGCGAGCAGCGCCGUCAAGCUCCUGGCCGACUGGGGCUUCGACGGCCUCGACCUCGACUGGGAGUACCCGCAGAACGCAAAGGAGGCCCAGGACUACGUCCUGUUGCUCAAGGCCUGCCGGGAGGCCCUCGACGCCUACGCCGCCCAGCACGCUCCGGGCUACCACUUCCUUUUGACGGUCGCGACGCCCGCCGGCCCGCAGAACUACAACAACAUGGACCUCGCCGGCAUGGACCCUUGGCUCGACUUUUGGAACCUGAUGGCGUACGAUUACGCCGGGAGCUGGGACUCCACCUCGGGUCACCAGUCCAACCUGUUCCUGAACCCGAGCAACCCGUCGGCAACCAAGUUCAGCACCGACCGCGCCGUCAAGGACUACCUGGCCAAAAACAUCAAGCCCCACAAGAUCACCCUCGGCCUCCCCCUGUACGGCCGCGCCUUCACCCAGACCGACGGGCUCGGCAGGUCGUACUCGGGCGUCGGCCCGGGCUCCAUCGAGAACGGCGUGUGGCUGUACAGGGACCUCCCGCGGCCCGGCGCGUCCGAGCAGUGGGACGACGCGGCAAAGGCCAGCUACAGCUACGACGGGUCCUCGCGCGUGCUCGUCACGUACGACACGGUGCGGUCCGCGGGCGAGAAGGCCGCAUACCUCGUCUCCAAGGGGCUCGGCGGCGCCGUCUACUGGGAGGCCAGCGGCGACCGCGUCGGCGCCGCAAGCCUCGUCGGCACCAUGGCCCGCAAGAUGGGCCGCAUGGACCGCUCCAACAACCUGCUGUCGUACCCGGCCAGCCAGUACGACAACAUCAGGGCCGGCAUGCCCGGCGUCUGAGUGGCGGGGGGAUGGGUGCUGCUGCUGGGCUCCCCCUCCCCAGUCGGAUGGCGUUCGGUGCCGUGCCUUUCCAUCUACACCUUUCACCUUCUGCGAGUGAGCAGGUUAUGCGUUACAUUACACAAGAGUAAACGAUUCACGCGUCAUAUGUCACCAUUUCUAUCAUAUGUUUCGUACCUUUCUCUUCUUUCAUGUAUUGCGGCGGCCGAGCUGGUCUCGGCCUUUCCGCAACUCCAACUUUCAACCAAGCACAUCUGGCAGGUCCUAUCACACACACACCCGUCUUUCGUAUCUGCAAUACUUUUGCUGUGCAUCUUUGGUGGACCUCAUUUCUCUACCCUUGUCCAUUCAUCCCCUUCUCGCCCACACACCACCUCCGGAGACAGGCUGACUCGGCCGCGUGUGUGGGGAGGCCCUCACCACGAUCCGGCUCAUGGGGCGCGAUCCAGUCCAACGGCAUCUCAGCAUUCAAUGGGCACAUAGCUCAGUUGGGAGAGCGUCAGACUGAAGCCAAUAGCUCAGUCCACCGUAUCUGAAGGUCGCCGGCUCGAUCCCGGCUGGGCCCAAGCAAAAACAGCGUUCUGUCUUCCUGGCAGCAGGUGGGCUGUUUGUUUUGUUGACUUUUUUUUCCUGAUCUAUCCAUCCCAUGACUAUCUUCUCCCAUUUUCGUUUUCUUCCCAUUUUGCUGCAAUAAAGCAGCGUGCGUUUCGUGCCUCGAGCAAGCCAGAUUUGUACGUAGAGAUAUGGCCGCCGUCUGGGUUAGGGUUCCAGCUCAGGGGCUCCUCUACCUCCCCGGCCUCUCAGGCAGGAACUCGAUAGCUGACAGACGGACUCCCGUCGCAUUCCCGAGCACAAAAUAACCAUUUUUACACU